CAUAGACACAAACAAGACAACCUCUGUACUUUCAAGGGAAUUUUGGUGGCCAGAAUUAUUUUGUUGCUGCCUGUUCCUCCUGUAUAGAUACAUACAUACACUAUACUUCAGUUUAUAUUUUGAAAACAUUUGGAUUUGGAAUUUUACAAGCAGCCCCUAUGGGAGAAGAUGACUCAGCCAAUGGCACCCCAGUUGAGUUUGAUGGUUUCAGUAGUUUAUUUUUCACUCUGGCAGUUGGAGUUCAGUUCAUGUAUGGCCAUUAAAUGGUUUCCUCUUUUAUUAUUAAGAACCAGACUUCACACAGAUUAAGAGCAACCACACUGUCUUUUAUUCCACCACGAGCGGACGGUAACAUCUGUAUCCUCUAUGCGCACGGGUGCAAUCCAGCACACUGCGCUCUACUCCGACGCCAAUACUCAAAGGCCUCCCACAUAGAAGAACGAUCGCAGAGGGAGACCAACUAUACGCACAUAACGCUACACAGUGUCACGACGGAACCCUCUGGCAGGCAGCCAGCCAGUAGUAACUAUUGCUGUAUCACCCAGUAUCCAGCUUCUCUACAAACUACCAGCAGGAUGCCAGCAUCUAUUCUGCCGAAUUAGCAAGCUGCCAGCUACCUUAUAAGGUUGGACUUUCUCCUUUUUUUCAGCACGCUGGUUUUUUCUGUAACUUCAUUUUUUAUUCU